UUUAUGGUUACUAAGCAACUUCAUAACGCCGUCGGGACGUUACCUGACCAGUACAAUGUGUCCACCGUGUCUGGGAAAGACUCUAACUGUUUCUAAAUUAACUUUGAGGAUACACGUUUGAAGUCUCCUGGUAGUCUGCUGUUCUCAGCGGACGUUAACCGGUACGUGAACCGUUAUCAGCCGUUAGUCGGCAGCGUUUGUCAUCUGAUUAUCAGCUAAUGAGGAUCCUGCUCGUGUAUUUAUAAAGCGGAAUUAAACACGUCAACCUUGAUUUCAUCCGCCAUGUCCUGCACAAGCCGACUGCUGUGAAGUGGAUGUGGACAUGGGGUCAGAGUCGGUGAAGGUGGUGGUCAGAUGCAGGCCCCUGAACGACAGGGAGAGGGCUCUGGGCUCGGACACGGUGCUGUCAAUAGACCUGCACCGCUGCCAGUGCUUCAUAGAGAAGCCCGGGGCGGCCGACGAGCCGCCCAAACAGUUCACCUUUGAUGGCACCUACUUCAUCGAUCAAACCACCGAGCAGAUGUACAACGAGAUUGCCUAUCCUUUGGUCGAGGGCGUCACUGAGGGAUACAAUGGAACAAUCUUUGCCUAUGGGCAAACUGGAAGUGGGAAGUCUUUCACCAUGCAGGGAGUGUCCGAUCCUGCAGCCCAGAGGGGGGUCAUACCACGAGCCUUUGAGCACAUCUUUGAGAGUAUUCAGUGUGCAGAAAAUACUAAAUUCCUGGUGAGGGCCUCCUACCUGGAGAUUUACAAUGAAGAAAUCCGAGACCUCUUGGGUAGUGACACCAAACAGAGAUUGGAGCUGAAAGAGCAUCCAGAGCAUGGGGUGUAUGCGCGGGACCUCUCCGUGCACACUGUGCACAGCGUGGGGGAGUGCGAGAGAAUCAUAGAGCAAGGGGGGCGGAGCCGGGCAGUGGGCUACACGCUGAUGAACAAGGACUCCUCACGCUCACACUCCAUCUUCACCAUCCGUUUGGAGAUCUGCAACACAGAUGCAGACGGCCAAGAUCGUCUACGAGCAGGUAAACUCAACCUAGUUGACCUGGCAGGAAGUGAGCGUCAGUCUAAGACCGGUGCUACAGGUGAGCGACUCCGCGAGGCCACCAAGAUCAACCUCUCCCUCUCGGCCCUGGGCAACGUCAUCUCGGCUCUGGUGGACGGACGCUCCAAAUACAUCCCCUACCGGGACUCCAAGCUGACCCGACUGCUGCAGGACUCUCUGGGAGGAAACACGCGCACCUUGAUGAUCGCCUGUCUCUCGCCCGCUGACAACAACUAUGAGGAAAGCCUGAGCACGCUGCGCUAUGCCAACCGGGCCAAGAGCAUCCAGAACAGGCCUCGUAUCAAUGAGGACCCGAAGGAUGCUCUGCUCAGAGAGUAUCAGGAGGAGAUCAAGAAUUUGCGGGCCCUCAUCUCAGGCCAGCUGGGCACCGCUGACUUUGCGUCUCUGCUGGCUGGUCAGUUGUUUGAGGCACCCCCCGCUGUUCCUUCAAGGCCACAAUCCAGCAACACAGACGCAGAGAAGGAGAAGAUUAAAGAGGAGUACGAAGUGAGGCUGGCCAAGUUGCAGGCUGAGUACAAUGCAGAGCAGGAGUCCAAAGCAAAGCUGCAGGAGGACAUUGCCGCCCUGCGUUCCUCCUGUGACUCCAAGCUGUCCAAUCUGGAAAAGGCUCGAGCCAGCAGGGGGAGCUCUGUCCCAAAGGAUGAAAGCAGAAAAUCAUCCCCCCAAGAACCAUCAUCAAUGAGCUCUGGCUGUAUGACAGAGGAUGCGGAGGAAGAGUUCCUCCACAACAUUGGUCCCAUGUGCCACAGUACAACUGGAGAAACCCCCCUAACCCAGCCUGCUGUACCAGCAGUCGGUGUCCAAAAAAGCCCGGACAGAUGCUCACCUGACAUCCCUGCAGGGCCUCCGGACCAGCAACACGUCCUGGAAAGACUGCAGCAGCUGGAACAGGAGGUGGUUGGAGGAGAGCAGGCCAGGAACAAAGAGCUGAAGCAGAGACAGAGGCAGAGGAAGAACCUCGCCGACCAGAGAAAAGUCCAUCUUAUCUGCGCUCUGUCAGAGAACAGCGAGGACAGUGAAAAUGUGCUGUUGAAUGUCUACAACUCCAUCCAGGAAGAGGUCCAUGCCAAAAGCCAAAUGCUGGUCAAGGUCCAGGGCAAGCUGAGAGCAGCCAAACUGGAGAUCCGUGACCUGCAGGCAGAGUUCGAGGUGGAGAGGGACGACUACCUGGCAACGAUCCGGCGGCUGGAGAGGGAGGGCCAGUUACUGCACAGCCUGCUGGAGCGUAUGGUGCCGCUGGUGCGCCGUGACUGCAACUACAGCAACCUGGACCGCUUGAAGAAAGAAGCUGUCUGGGAUGAAGACGGCGCCGCCUGGAGGCUGCCCGACGUUACGGUGCAGAAAACAACGCUGCCUUCAGGUGCAAAGUGUGAAGCUGUGGCUCUGAAACUUUCAGCUGGCAGAGGUUCAGCUGCUGACGCUGGAGAGCAAUUCAUGGUGGAGGAGGACAGGUACAAGGAGAUGCUGGACCGUAGUGACAGUGAGAACAUCGCCAGCAGCUACUUCAAGUCAAAGAGAGCGAGCCAACUGCUGGGACGCGAAGCUACCAAGGGACACGCCGUCCACUCUCCUCCGCUGGUUAACGGGACGGCCCACCUCACUGCGAGCGGUUCCACCAUGAACCCGCCUGUCGGCACAGACUCCGUCCUGCCCCGCCCCUUCCGCCUGGAGUCGCUGGGCGUCCCAGUGUCCAACGGUAAGGUGAGGCGCAAAAAAAGCAAAUCUCACAUCCAUAACGAGGGGAUUUGAAAAAAAAGGCUGUUCCCAUCCCCUAAAAUACUUUUUUUUUGGACUCAAAAGAUUGUAUGCACCGUGAAAGCUCACAUACACUAUAUAUUAAAUUAUCAAAUAUGUAAUGUUUAUAACUCCUGCUAACCAGAAAUGUUUCGGCCCAUUUUCUUAACAUUGGCGACUCCAGGUGUCAAUCACAUUUUGAACGUUUGCUUUGGACAUAAUACUACCUACACAAUGAUGCUACUCUUGAAGUUCUUUUGCACUGUACCUAAAAACUUGUGAUUUCUGCACUGUGAGACUCAAAGUCCAGCUCCUAUAAUAUUUAACUUCUAAUGUGUUGCGCCGUUGCUGAUUUGUAAACCACCAUUUCAACCUGUUCCUUAUCUAACUUCUCAAGUUCUUGCUGCUGAAUAGAUCAAAUAAAAGGAAUAAAUUCAUCCACAUCCUGGCUAGUUUCAUUAAUGGCUUGUUGAUUGUGUUGUGAACUG